AUGGCAGCCAAAACUAAAUGGGGGGCGAUGAAGGACCGUGUGACGGGAAGUCUGGCUCACGACCCUGACGCCACACUGGAGGCGAAUCUGGAGAACGCUGACCCCGAACUCUGCAUCCGACUGCUGCAGGUUCCCACGGUGGUGAACUACUCUGGUUUGCGUCGGCGGUUGGAGGCCAGCGAUCAGACCUGGAUGGUGCAGUUCCUGGAGCUGCGAGGUCUGGACCUGCUGAUGGAGGCAUUGCAGCGACUGUCCGGCCGUGGCUGCGCUCGUAUCGCCGACGCUCUGCUCCAGCUGACCUGCGUCGCCUGCGUCCGAGCCGUCAUGAACUCAUCUAAAGGACUGCACUUCAUUCUGGACAACAAGGGCUACGUCAGGACCCUGAUCCAGGCUCUGGACACCUCUAACGUCAUGGUAAAGAUGCAGGUGUUUGAGCUGCUGGCGGCUCUCACUCUGUUUGACCCUCAGGGACAUCACCUGGGUCUGGAUGCCCUCGACCACUACAAGAGUCUGAAGAAGCAGCAGUAUCGCUUCAGUGUGAUCAUGAAUGAGCUCGACGGCACCGACAACGUCCCGUACAGGGUGACGCUCAUGGGCUUCGUCAACGUGCUCGUGUUGGGCCAAGAAGACCUGAGGAAGAGGGACCGACUGCGACAGGAGUUCAUCGGACUGCGGCUGUUGGAUCUACUGCCCAGACUGAGGGAAACGGAGGACCAGGACCUGAACAUCCAGUGUGAUGCAUUUGAGGACUCUCUGACAGAGGACGAGGAGGAGAUGGAGAGACUGUACGGAGGUAUUGACAUGAGCAGCCACCAGCAGGUCUUCACCUCGCUCUUCACUAAGGUGUCCAGCAGUCCGUCCUCUGUCCAGCUGCUGUCCAUUCUUCAGGCCUUGCUAUUGGUGGAUCCAGACAGAGCUGAGGUCUGGUCAGCUCUAGAACUGCUGGCUGACCGAGCCACACUUCUGUCCCAGGACUCUGGCUUAGAUUCUGCCGACCAUCUGCUAGAGAGGCUCCUACCUCGCAAGUCAGCCAAUGACAGCACCCGAACCAUCGACAGGGCGGUACAGACUCAACUACCAGAUCCUCCUCCUGGCCAGUCUGAGUGUAUGACCAAGGAUGCCUCAGCAACUGCCACUUUAGAGGCAUCUUCCCAGGCUCCUCCUUUUUCAACACCACCCCCUCCCCCAUUACCUGGUGUGGGAGCUCCUCCCCUGCCUCCACCUCCUCCCUUACCUGGUAUGGGAGCUCCUCCCCUGCCUCCUCCCCCCCCUCCUCCUCCUCCUCCCUUACCUGGUAUUGGAGCUCCUCCCCUGCCUCUUCUUCCUCCUCCUCCUCCCUUACCUGGUAUGGGAGCUCCUCCCCCACCCCCUCCUCCCCCCUUACCUGGUGUGGGAGCCCCUCCCCCCUUACCUGGUAUGGGAGCUCCUCCCCCACCCCCUCCUCCCCCCUUACCUGGUGUGGGAGCACCUCCUUCUCCCGGUGGCAUCAUCUCGGCCCAGACAGCUCAAGGUCUGGGCAGGUCGUAUUACAGCCCUGCCCCCCAGGCCGGCACCACGCACUGUCCCACCCUUCGUAUGAAGAAACUGAACUGGCAGAAGCUCCCAUCCAGAGCAGUGACAGCUCAUCAGUCUUUGUGGACAUCUGCAUCUUCAGAUUCAGUGGAACCAGAUUACUGUAGCAUCGAGCAGCUCUUCAGUCUUCCUCCAACUGAGACCAAGACCAUGAUCAGAGCCAAGGCCGAGCCCAAAGAGAUUUCCUUCAUUGAUGCCAAGAAAAGCCUCAACCUCAACAUCUUCCUGAAGCAGUUCAGAUGUUCCCAUGAGGACUUUGUAUCUCUGAUCCGGAGAGGAGACAGGUCCAGGUUUGAUGUGGAGGUCUUGAAACAGCUGAUCAAGCUGCUACCUGAGAAACAUGAGGUGGAGAACCUGAAGUCUCACCAGACAGACAGGGACAGGUUGGCUUCAGUGGAUCAGUUUUACCUGCAGCUGCUGGAUGUCCCAAGUUACUCUCUGAGGAUUGAGUGUAUGUUGCUGUCGACGGAGAGCAGCAGUGUGUUGGAAUCUCUGAAGCCCAAAGUUGAGCUGCUGGACCGAGCCUGCCAGAGUGUGAGGGAGAGCUCUCGUCUGGUCAGCUUCUGCAAACUCAUCCUGAAUGUUGGAAACUUUCUCAACUACGGGACUCACACGGGGAACGCCGAGGGUUUUAAGAUCAGCACUCUGCUCAAACUGACAGAAACGAAAGCCAACAAGUCCAGAAUCACCCUGCUGCACCACAUCCUGCAGGAGGCGGAGCAGAACCAUCCGGACCUCCUGAACCUGCCCGAUGAUCUGGAGAUCUGUGAAAAGGCUGCUGGGUUGAAUCUUGAGUCGAUUCAGUCUGAAAGCAACAUUCUGAUCAAACAGCUGAAAAACUGUCAGAGGAAAGUUUCAUCUUCAUCUGAGGACCUGAAGGAGCAGUACCUGCCCCUCAUACAGGACGGUCUGCAGGCAUUUGAGCAGCUGCAGCAGCUGAUGUCCUCGCUGGAGGACAAGAGGACGGAUCUGUCCGUCUACCUGUGUGAAGACAGCAGCACCUUCUCCAUCGAUGAACUCUUCAACACAAUCAAGACCUUCAGAGGCCUGUUCCUGAGAGCCAUCAAGGAGAACGACAGUCGCAGACAGCUGGAGAAGAGGAGGAGGCAGCAGGAGGAAGACAGGAAGCACAAAGGAGACACCACCAAGAUCAUCAGGAGGGACGUGUCCAACCAGGACAAAGGCUGCAUCAUCGACAACCUGCUGGCUGAGAUCAGGAAGGGCUACAAGCUGAAGAAGACCAGACCCCAAGCUGAGAGGGCCGGCAGAGUCCACGAUCAUCCUGGGGUCAUGCAGAGGUCACUGGCUGUGGACGAGCCUGACUCAUCUGCUUCCAGCCAAUCAGAGAAGCCUGCAGAACCACCAGAGACUGCCCAGAUCCUCACAGGUCCACCGGCUGAAAGGAGACCUGAACCGGGAUCAGCUGAGACUGCACCCCCCAAGAUCCAAAACCCCUCUGAACCCUCCGCCUGUGACCAGAGCCACACCGCAGGCCAGGUCUCUGAGCUGGACCCUGGUCCUGACCCAGAGACCAGGAACAGAAGGAACGAGGAGUCUGAGUUUGAAGAGAUCACAUCGAUCGAACGCGACGAUGAUCCAGAUUCUGGUCCACACGAACCAGCAGAGAGGUCCGGGAUCGGUCCAGCAGGAGCAGACGCUGGAUCCAAAAGCAAAAUGAAGAGAGGCUGUGUGUCCCACUGA